CUCACCAUUUCCUGUUCAGACAGAUUGAAAUGUCACAAAGCCAGUGUAAGCCACACCUACACCCGAGGAAACAUUUAAAGGGGGCUGCUACUAGAGAAAGACACAUCAUUUUUGAAACCCAAAACUCAAAAAGGACUCCCAGCCUCAAUCCAGAUCGCCAUCAAACCAUGAACAUCUCUUCUCCCUUCCCCUCCCUCACCUCUCGCCCUCCCUCCUCCUCCUCCCUGGGCUCCUCUGAGAUAGUGGGCACUCUCUUCCUGGGCUUGGCGUUUGUUCUGGGUUUCCCAGGGAACCUGUUUGUGGUGUGGACGGUGCUGUGCCGUGUGGCUCGUCGCUCAGUCACCUGCCUGCUGGUGUUGAAUCUGGCCGCAGCCGACGCCCUGGUCCUGCUCAGCGCUCCUUUCUUCAUACGCUACUUGGUCGGGGGACGGGGAUGGGAGUUUGGCUCGUCCUUCUGCAAGCUGGUUCAUUACCUCUGCAGCGUCAACAUGUACGCCUCCAUCUUCCUCAUCGCCGCCAUGAGCCUCGACCGCUUCCUGGCUGUGUCCCGCCCCUUCCUGUCUCAGCAGCUUCGCACCAAGAGGGCUCUACUGAAGAUCCUGCUGCUCAUCUGGAGCCUGGCCUUCCUCUUUGCCAUCCCCAUGCCCUUCUACCGCAGGUUAGUGUUUCAACCAAGGUUAAGGCUGUCUUGA